UCAGAGACCCACACAGUCGCAGCUGACCGCUGCUCAGGGGCCACUUUCUCCUCUAUCUGGAUAAAAAACAGAAGGGACAACCCCAGUUGUUUUACGCAGAGCCUGUCUGCUUCUCCAAUUUCUUUUUUUUGUUUUGGAAAACUCCCCUCUGUUUCCACUCGGACCCCGCUUUUCCGCUCCCAGACGAUUGAAUUCCUCCAGGGUUCGGCCUAAUUGUUUAAGCAAGUUCCCAGCAGCGCGGGUAGAGCGCGCAGCGAACGCAGCAUGGAUUCCUACACGGUCCCGGGAGCUCCGCUCUCCGUGUCCGGAGUGGAGCCGUACACGGUCCCGGGAGGUCCGCUCUCCCUGUCCGACCUGUACUCCGUCAUCCCCUUCAACGUCACGUUCCCGGACGAGGAGAACGGCUUGAUGGGGGAGCGGCUGCAGAACUACACCGGGCAGCGGGCUCCGGUGCGCAGCGCCGGGGGUCUGAUCAUUGCCAUAUCCAUCACGGCUCUCUACUCCGUCAUUUGCGUGGUGGGACUUCUGGGCAAUGUCCUCGUCAUGUACGGGGUGGUCAGAUACACCAAGAUGAAGACAGCCACAAACAUUUACAUUUUCAACUUGGCUCUUGCCGACGCCUUGGCCACCAGCACACUGCCGUUCCAGAGCGCCAAGUACCUCAUGAACACGUGGCCAUUUGGGGAAGUCCUGUGCAAGCUCAUUAUUGCCAUUGACUACUACAACAUGUUCACGAGCAUCUUCACCCUUACCAUGAUGAGCGUGGACCGCUACAUCGCCGUGUGCCACCCAGUCAGGGCACUGGGGUUUCGUACGCCGGUCAAGGCUAAGUUGAUCAACGUGCUCAUCUGGGUCCUGUCCUCUGCGAUUGGGGUGCCCAUAAUGGUUAUGGCUGUAACCAAAGUGGCAGAUAAUGGUAGAAUCAUGUGCAUGCUGAUGUUCCCUGACCCUGACUGGUACUGGGACACUGUGACAAAGAUCUGUGUCUUCAUCGUUGCCUUCGUGGUUCCUGUGAUGGUCAUCACCAUAUGUUACGGCCUGAUGAUCCUGCGCCUAAAGAGCGUUCGUCUGCUCUCAGGUUCCAAGGAGAAAGACCGCAACAUGCGCCGCAUCACCCGCAUGGUCCUGGUGGUGGUGGCGGCCUUCAUCAUCUGCUGGACCCCCAUCCACAUCUUCAUCAUCGUGAAGACCAUGGUGCAGAUUGACAACAGAAACCCCUUCGUCAUAGCCAGCUGGCACCUGUGCAUCGCCUUGGGCUACACCAACAGCAGCCUCAACCCAGUCCUCUACGCAUUUUUGGAUGAAAAUUUUAAGCGGUGCUUCAGGGAUUUCUGCCUUCCCUGUCGGACCCACGUGGAGCAGCACAGUCUGACCAGAGGCUGCAACACCGCCAGGGAGCCGGUGUCUGUCUGCGCUCCAACAGGAGUGGGAAAGAAGCCGGCAUGACUAGGCAUGGAGUGGGUCCCCCAUAGCUCUCGCUCGAGGAGGAUCCAGCAAGAUCUGCAAUCAGAGAUAACCCAGAUCUCCACAACAGAGUUUUAAGACAUCUUGAGUAAAAGCUGGUCUUAAGGAACUGAGUCGCGUUGCUUAUUCUCAACAAUUUGGCAUUUAAAGGAAUAGCUAAAUAUAAUGGAAAAAAGUUACUCUCUGAGCUUGCUUUUGUAGUAAAGUACAAUGGAUUGUUUUUUCUUACAAAGGCCAUGACUCAAGAUAGCCCAAGGAAUAUACCCAAAUGUUGAAGCAAGAUUAUGAAACAGAACAUCCCCAGCUCAUGAUUUGGCCAAAAGGACCUGAGUACAAGAGUACAGGACUUCUUGAUGAUUUUAAAAAAGGACAAAAGAAACACAUGCCAAUUUCUGUCUUGUCAAGCAAAGACUACAUUGUUCAGACACCAUUGAUCAGAGAGCUUUGGAAAAACAACAGUCAGGGUGAAUCACGUGCAACAAAGACAAUCCAAACUCCAUAAUCUCUUGUAAGCAACACCAAUUUAAGGAAAGAAUAACAUGUUGGUGAUAAAAGGAGUAUUUUGAUGGAUGAAACAUUUUUAUUUGUAUCACAAGGUCCAACCACUCUCUACAUGGAGAAGUAAGGAUCUUGUUUGGUGUUCUGUGUCACAAAAAUAGACACUUGUUCUCGGGUUUUCCCUUUACACUCCAUCACCAUCAACUGUGUUGAAGGAAAAAUUGGGCACUUAAUGUUCUAUGAAUUUGAAAAUGUCUGUCAUAUAGGAUAUGAAAUCCUGAUCAAGCCUAGUUCGUGGGGUUUUUUGCUCAGAUGGAAAAAGCCAGAAUGGCACAAACCACUGAAGCAUGGAUUUUUCUAGACAUCUUUUCUGCUCACCUACUUUCAUGAGUGGUGCCAAACCUACGAGAAGCCUCUGAGCAGAAUCACAAAACAAUGGCAAACCUGCCUCUGAAGAACAUUGUUGGAAGCCACAACACUCGCCUCGUUGGUUCAUUCAACAAACUGCAUGGAGGAGAUCAUCGAUCUCCAUUUUUAGUAAGCAUAACGCCUGUCAUCUGUCACAUGUAUAAUCUGUGGCAUAUUAGGACAUAUUGAUCUGUAAUUUAUUCUGGGUAAUUUAUUUACUCCGACAGAACGCGACACCAAUCAAUGGAUGUCGUGAAGUCAAUGAUCGUUUCAACUUUGAGUACCAGAUGAGGUAUAUCAGAGGCAAUGAUGAAGAGUUUUUCGGUAUUUGCUCUCAUUGGGGAAAUAUUUUGAAGACUAAAUGUGUUGACAUAUAAACAUGUCAAAAUAUGGCGUAGUUUUGAUAAUUGUUGAAAUGUUAAGUUAAUGUUGGAAAUAUGGAACAGAUAAAACACAGCCGAACUGAAUAUAAAUCAACGAAGAUGAGGGUAAAGCCCCCUUGAGCCAUUUGGGAUAUUGGGCUAGAUGAAGAAAAUUGACAUGACAAAUGGAAGGGAAAAAGUCAAUGAAUGUGAAUUUGUAGAUAAUAUAAAGCUUUUGCAUUUUAACUGUGGCUGAAGCCAUAGUUAAAACGACUUUGAGGUGUGUUUGUUAUUCUGUGUGCUUUUUUUACAAUCUACAAUCUUAAUUGUUCACAUGAUGCUUUCAACUCAUGCGGCUCAAAGAAAAAAAUCUAAGGAAAAAGAGACUAGAACAAUACGCUGUUUGGGAAUGGCUUUCUACUCUGCUUACAGAUUCAGCAAUUUGGCUGUGGGUUGACUGUUCAGGCACCCACACAGACAGGGAGAGAGCCAAUAAAUAUUCACCAUUCUGUAGGGAAGAAGGAGAUUGACAAUUUGCUGCGUGAUAGAUUCCUGCAUAUUUUCUUACAAUAACAGUGUCAAUUUAAAGUGUACUGUAUACACCUGCUUAGCUAUGACCAAGUGCUGCACCUGUUGGGUGUGCAGAGUAUCUCUCAGCCGCCAGUAUUUUUGCAAAUGUGAGUUAUACGUCACAAUGACAGAAAUGUAUAGAAUUAGUUUUCCAUUAAAAAAAUAAUGAUAAGGGUGCACAAGUUAUUAUAUAUUUUGACAAAUAAACAAAUGCAUAUUACUUCUAAUAAAUGGAUGGAUAAAAACAUGUAAUGUGCAUUCAAGAUACGAUCAAAGUUAAAGUGUAUAGGUGUGUGCAUGAUUUUCACAUUAUUACCACAUUAGGAUGGCUAAUUAUAAACAAAAAUUCUGUUUCUUUGUGUCAUUUUUCAUCUCACUGUUGAUAUUAGCAGAACUAGCCCGUGUCAUUCUUUCAGAUUCAAAUUGUUGGAUAAAGUUAGUUUAAUCAAACAUAUUGCCAUUG